CGAUUGUAUAUUUGAGGUAAAGCCCUAUCCUCUGCUAUUGAACGAACCUGUUCCCCAUACGUGGAGCUAUGUUAGCGUAUCGCAUCAAGCCAGUGAAGUCGAAGAUCUCAAUUGUUAUAAGGGGUGCUCGUAAAAAUCCACUAUCGACCAGGAAUUGCAAGGAAAUACCAUUAAUUAAAAACAUGCUAUACGCCCACUCGUCUAAUAGUUGGUAUGCAAUGCUGAUCCUCCAGAAAUGUACCCACAGUGCCUACAUGCGCCAACCAAGCAAGCUCGUUACACAUUAUUUCGUAAGAAAAGAUAGACGAAGAGACGAACGCGGAUCUUUGAAACGUCUAUCAGGAAGGAAAACGGUUGAUACAAGAACAGAAACACUCAACAUAGGAAACGUACUAAUACAUAUCCUCUCCCCUCUCCUUGCCACUGCCAUUAGUGUGUCUCACACUGCCAACCACACUGGCACGUCCACUGCCGCCGAUGCGACUGCCGCCCGCAGACGCACUUCUUUGGAUAGUGUCGGCAUCAUCUUCAUCCCUUCGAUCCCGCUCUUUUUCGAGUGCAGCCCUCAAGUCUGCAUUUUCUUCCACUUUUUGCUCUAGCCUCUUCCGGGCGCCGCUUCGGUCAAGGAGUCGCGCUUCACGCUCAGCCUUCAACCGCCGUUCAAGUUCCUUGAGUCGAUGUAUCCACUUCUGCUCACUUGGUUGAAGCGGUCCAGCAGCAGGAUAAGGGUGGCCUGGCGCAGGCGUCGAUGAAGUAGAAUAAUUUUCGACUACAGAAGCGGAGUGAGCCCGCAACAGCGUUUGCGCCAUACUGGCACGCUUGGAAGAGACUGGCGACGCAGCACGUGAUGGCGAGCGGCUAACAAUAACAUCGUUGCCAGACUGCGUCGUGGUCGUGAUGGCGCGGAGGGUUUGGACCUCGGAUCGUAACGUUUUGUUUUCAGUACGCAGUUUGUUUAGUUCUGCGGUGUUAAGAUCAACAAUACCUCCACGAACAGUGCUAGGUCUUCCAAUCGACUGUCGUUGAGCCAUGACAAGCUUCUCAAGCUGGU